AUGCUUAUAAGUAAAGUUAUAUGUGUUGCUAUUGCGUUGGUAAUUGUAUGUGCCCAGAAUGCACCUCCGAGCAAUAGAGACAGGAGAAAUAUACAGAGAUUUUUGACGAAUGUCGGAGAUUUGUUCGGAUACGACGUCUUCAAGAGGCCUAGGAUAAUUAUCUCAAUUAACGCGCCUGCCCAAGCACCUGCUGCCCCAGCACCUGCUGCCCCAGCCCCUGCUGCCCCAGCCCCUGCUGCUCCAGCCCCAGCAGCUCCUGCUCCAGCAGCACCUGCUCCAGCAGCUCCUGCUCCAGCAGCUCCUGCUUCUCCAGCACCUCGUGCCCUUCCGGCUGCACCUCCGGCUCCCGCUGGCCCCCCACAGGUGCCUUCACUUCUCACUGACAGCGUAAGGAGGCAAUUCAGCAUCAACCUAAAUUGGGAUAGGAAUCGAUCCCCACCUCCGCAAGAUCCAGUUAUUAAUGCCGUACUCGUCUCUCCCCCUGGCUUGGUCACUUCUCCUGCAGCUCCUGCUGCGCCUGCUCCUGGGCCAGCUCCUGGGCCAGCUCCUGCGCCUGCUCCUGCACCAGCUCCUGCACCAGCUCCUGCACCAGCCCCUGCUCCAGCACCGGCACCCCCAGCAACACCAGUCCUUCCUGCCGCCCCUCCGAAACCUAGCAAGGUGAGCGACUACGACGAUCAGUCGGAAAGAUCUGAAGACUACGAAGACCGACCGAAACGUUUCUACAUUGAUCUCCCCGACUACAGUACGUCGAGGGAGGCGACAGGAACCAAGAGAGCAGCCAGCGGCGAUAUCCAACAAAAAUCUAGAGUGAUGUUCAAGAAGGAGUUCGACGAGUUCUGGGACAAAGCCCCCUGGACUGUCGAGCAUGGAUACAAAUACAUAGUACCUCAAGGAUCAACGAUUCUGCUUAAUAAGCCGAACGAAGUACCAGAGGAGCUGUCGAAGUACGAAGAGGCCACUUUACCAAAAGAUAACAAAGUACGUAGCUUAAAAGUGGUUCAUAACAUAAGGCUUUACAAAAAGCCUUAUAACGAUGCCUUGUCUGCGGCAUCCACCGCUGUUACUUACUUCCAAAAGCCGCCCGUGGGACAAAAUUUUGAUUACUUGGUCAAACAUAAGGCGGAGCCCUCGUAUCUCACUUCCAAGUACGUUAAUGCAGAGCUCCUUAAUUUUUAUAACCAAAAGUUUAGGGAGGAUGCUCAAAAUAAAAUUAAAGAAGUUAACGAGAGGCAGCAAGCUUUACCGCAAGGUCCAGAAGUUACUUAUCUUCACGAUUACAAUCCAGAAGAAUCGCCUCUCAAUUUAUAUGCGAGCCCGGAAGCAUCAAACAGAGAAUUUCCAAAAAGCAACCCUAUUAUUCAACCCUAUUCGCCUACGCUUCAGUUAUUUGUUAAUCCAGGAGUGUUAGCUGAAGAUGCUCAAGAGCAAAUCGAACAAGUUGGAAUUAGCAAUAAUGAAAAAGAAAGAAUAAACAACGAAAAAGAAGAGGUGAAAGAAGUACAAUUCGCUAACCAAAAAAAUGUAAGCGCGAAUGAUAAAGAGAAUGAAGAAACUGAGCAAGGACAAAAAGAAGACUACAGUGAAGAUUCUCAAUCUGAAAACCUUAGUGAUGACAAAGCAGACACCAGUGAAGAUACAGAAGAAGCCAUUGAAAAUGAUCAAAGGCAGAAAAUCGAAGAAAAUAAUGAAAAAGAAAAUUUUGAGGUAGAGCACUUGGAAGAUGCUCGUGAAAAUGAAGAGCAAGAAGAGUCUGAAGAACAAGAGUCUGAAGAACAGCAAAAUGGAGAUGCAACGGAUGAAGAUGCGGAAUAUAACUACGAGACUGGUAACUAUGAUACUGUAGACUUUGACAAAUUCAUAAAAGAUAAUUUUGAGGAAUACAAGACCCCAGACUAUGAUAAAAUUCGACAAGAAAUACAAGAAGAAGGCGAAGAGAGAGCAAACGAAUCCAAAGAAGCAGAAGAAGAUGAAGAAAUCAAUGAAGAAACUAAAGUCGAAAACGAGGAUGAAGAAAAAGCAAAAAUUGAAAAACUCAAAGAACAACACGAUAAAGAAUUUCACCUUGUUUUUCCAAAAUUAGGAGCAGGAACAGAAUACGAAAAUUUUUACGAUAGUUUCCAAGACGUUGACAAUGACCAUGAAGCCUCAAAAGAAAACGUUAAGGAAAAAGCCUCAAAAGAAUACGUUAGGGAAAAAACCUCCGAGAGUAUCGAGGAAGCAAUUAAGGAGAAAGGCCCCAAAAAAUUUGAUUUCUACCCAAAAAAAUUCCAAGAAAUCGACGGUACGUUUAAAAAAUUAAAAAAAGUCCAUCCAAAAGAUACGAAGUCCCAGAAAGAUAGUGUUGACAAUUUCGACAUUCAAAACAGAUAUAAAUCUGCAAAACAAGACUUUGCCAAACAUCUAACCUCAUCCUUAGAGCAAAAUCCUCGCACAAAAUCCGAACACCCCGCUGACAGUUUUCGAAAUGAAGAUUCCCACGAAGCAACCGAGAAAACUGUAGUACAACCCUUGUACACUGGAGUUUGGAACAUAGGAGCUCUCCAAGAGCUUUAUAAAUCUGAUAAACCUGUGACGAUUCCCUUUGAUCACGAAUAUGGAGCAUCUGAGAAAGUUAAAGCAAGAACGAAAAGAGAAGCCGACGAAUCUUCAGAUGAAUUGAAGCAAUUCGAGACAAAUAACGAUUAUAUUCCUGAUAAAUACACCGAGGAGUUUACUUACAAGGCACCUGAACCUGUAGCUUACGAUUAUGCAAAACUCGAAGCUAAAACAUACGAGGAUGACGAUAAGUUUUCUCCAAAUGCUAGGGUUGUCAGUAAAGAACACGGUCAAAAAAAAACAUAUGUUAAAAUUGAUAAACCAUCUACUGUUUUGAUUAAUGGGAAAUAAUUAUAGCUAUGCUCAUUAACAUCAAUUGUACUUUAGUUAGGCUUUAUUAUAUAAUAGAAGUAAACACUUUUUGUGAUGAACGAUUGGAAAUUCUUUAUUUGUUUUAGUAACUUAUUUAUUUCGCGCUUAUUAACUAUUACUCAAUAGAACGUUACGGUAGUGAUUUUAUUAUUAGAUAAUGUCAAUCGCAAGAUUUUAUUUUGUAUUU